AUGCACAGGGCGGUCCCACAGCUGGCUGCAGGAUCUCCCCUCUGUGGUCGUCCUGCAGCCUGGAGCCUAAUCUCUGGGGGUUGCAAUGAAGGACCGAGAACGACAGCCAAGGCGGAAAACAAAGUGCUCUUAUUUGGCCACACCGCCGGCACUCGGAAGGAACCGUUACGUUUGAUCUUCAAGUUUGGACCGGAUCGAAAGAAGAAAAAGUACGAGCAUGUGCACAGAGAUGUCAACCCGGAGGACAUAUGGGACAUCAUAGGAGAGCUGGGAGAUGGCGCCUUUGGUAAAGUCUACAAGGCUCAGAACAAACAGAACGGGACUCUGGCAGCGGCCAAGGUUAUCGACACAAAGACAGAAGAUGAGCUGGAGGACUACAUGGUGGAGAUCGACAUCCUGGCCUCCUGCGACCACCAUUACAUCGUCAAACUGCUGGACGCCUUUUAUUUCGAGGGGAAACUUUGGAUCCUGAUUGAGUUCUGUGCGGGCGGUGCGGUGGACGCCAUCAUGCUGGAGCUGGAAAAGCCCCUGACCGAGCCCCAGAUCAGACUGGUGUGUAAACAAACCUUGGAGGCCCUGAUUUACCUCCACGAGAACAAGAUUAUCCACCGGGACCUGAAGGCUGGAAACAUUCUGCUCUCAUUAGGUGGAGACGUCAAGCUCGCUGACUUUGGCGUGUCGGCUAAAAAUACCAAGACGCUGCAGAGAAGGGACACUUUCAUCGGAACUCCUUAUUGGAUGGCCCCUGAGGUGGUGAUGUGCGAGACCUCCAAGGACCGUCCGUACGACUACAAAGCCGACAUUUGGUCCCUGGGGGUGACCCUGAUCGAGCUGGCCCAGGUGGAACCCCCAAACCACGAGAUGAACCCCAUGAGAGUCUUGCUCAAAAUAGCCAAGUCGGAGCCUCCCACGCUGAUGCACCCUUCGCGCUGGUCUCCGGAGUUCAGCGACUUCCUCCGGAGAGCGCUGGAUAAGAACGUGGACAAUAGAUGGAGCGCUCCACAACUGUUGCAGCAUCCAUUUGUCAUUAAUGCAACUGACAACAAACCUUUGCGGGAGCUCAUUGCUGAAGCCAAAGCUGAAGUCUUGGAGGAGAUUGAAGACAGCAAAGAGGAAGAGGAGGAGGAAGAACCAGAAACUCCUUUACCUCCGGGACACAAGCGCGCCCCGUCAGAUGCCAGUGUUGCCAGUUCUGAAGAUGAAAAGGCCACGCCCACAGCCUCUGUUUUGGAGUCCGUGGUGGAAAACAAAGAGGCCGAGCCGCCAGAGGACCUCACCAGCGAUAAGCUCUCGGACGAAGGCCUGGGAACCAGCGAAGUGGACAAAACCGAGGAGGAGAAACUCAACGAUGUUUCCGAGCUCGCAAACGAAGACCUCACACCAGCUCCGGUCGAAGAAGUCCCACAAGAAGCUAAAGUCGAAGAUGAAGACAAACAAACGGGCGAUGAAGAAAGUGCAGCCGCUCCCAGUGAUCUACCUCAGGCUGAAACUCAAGGGAAAACUGUAGAAAUAGCAGAUAUAACCGCGACAGAGCUAGACAAGGAAAAUCAUACAGUAGAGGAAAAACUCGUAAAUAAUGUUGAAGUUUUAAAACAAGACGAGGAUAUAAGCUGCAAUGAAGAAAUAACAGAAACAGAAAAACUUGCGGUCCAAGCGGAGGAAGUAAAACAACCAGACGAUCAAGAGAUUAAAGUGAACGAAACAAGAGACGAUGUUUGCGAACCUGUUUUAGAGCCAGAUCCAUCACCAACACCUCCUAUUGUGUCUUAUCCAUUAGAUGCAGGUGUGAAUAACGGUAAAGAAUCUAUAGAAAGCGAAGUGUUGAAGUCAGAAGAUAGAGAUCAAGAACCGGACGCGAACCCAUCUAUAGAAAAUGUUAGUAACCCUGUCAUAGAAGCAGAGUCGUUAGCAACACCUCCCGUAUCGUUACCGCUGUCAGAAGAUGAAUUGGUGGCACAAGUUUUAGUCGAGGCGGCAAAACUGAGCCUGAGCGAUGAUGCAGGGAAAGAUAGAUCAGAGGACAUUGUAAAAGAAGCAGUAGAGGACAAUUAUGUAGAGGAAAGACCUGUUGUUGUGGUGGAACAGGAAUCAGAAAUCGCGUCUACAGAUGUGGUGAUUGACAAGAAACCAGACGUGCCAACGAGCCCCGCAAAACCAGAGACAAAGGAAGGCCCUGGUGUCGACGCGAGCGUUUCCCAAGACGCGGUGUCCGUCCCGGAGAGCGAGACGGAUUCCGAGGCGAAGACGGAGCAGGGCAGCCCGGCGCUCGUCAAACCCGAAGGAGAGAAGGAUUCAGAUUCAGGAAGCAGUUCGGCAGCUGACAGCAGCAGCCUCGACCUCAAUCUGUCCAUCUCCAGCUUCCUGAGCAAGACAAAGGAGAGUGGAUCCAUAUCUGUCCAGGAUUCAAAGCGCCAGAAGAAGACGCUGAAGAAGACCCGUAAGUUCAUGGUGGACGGCGUGGAGGUCAGCGUGACCACGUCCAAGAUCGUGUCUGAAAAUGACGCCAAGAGCGAAGAGAUGCGCUUCCUCAGGCGGCAGGAGCUGAGAGAGCUUCGCCUCCUGCAGAAAGAGGAGCAGAGAGCCCAGCAGCAGCUCAGCAACAAACUGCAGGGCCAGCGAGAUCACAUCUACCGCCGCUUUGAACAGGAAACCAGCGCUAAAAAGCGACAGUACGACCAGGAAGUGGAGAACAUGGAGAAGAAGCAGAAGCAGACGAUCGAGCGCCUGGAACACGACCACACCAGCUGGCUCCGCGACGAGGCCAAACGCAUCAAGUCGGAGCAGGACAAGGAGCUCUCCAAGUUCCAGAACAUGAUGAAGAGCCGCAAGAAGGAGGCAGUGGCCCAGGUUAUGAUUCAGUCUUUUCAGUUGUCCUCAUGCACGCUCUUCAACGCUGAGAUGCAGGAUGUAAGCUGUUUCUCUCUUCCCCUAAAGGAGCAGGAGUUCUUACAGAAGCAGCAACAAGAACUGGACGGCUCCUUGAAGAAGAUCAUCCAACAGCACAAGGUGGAAAUCUCUACGAUCGAGAGAGACUGCCUCAACCACAAGCAGCAGCUCAUGAGAGCCAGGGAAGCUGCUAUGUGGGAGCUGGAAGAGCGCCACCUGCAGGAGAAGCACCAACAGCUCAAGCAGCAGCUGAAGGACCAGUACUUCCUCCAGAGGCACCAGCUGCUGAAGAGACACGAGAAGGAAAUGGAGCAGAUGCAGCGCUUCAACCAGCGGCUGGUGGAGGAGCUGAAGAACAAACAGGCGCAGGAGCGAGGCCGACUGCCCAAGAUCCAGCGCAGCGAAGCCAAGACCAGGAUGGCCAUGUUCAAGAAGAGCCUCCGCAUCACCGCCACCGCCACGGUCACACAGGAGCAGGAGAGGGAGCGCAUCAAGCAGUUUGCGGCGCAGGAGGAGAAGCGGCAGAAGAACGAGCGUCUGCAUCAGCAUCAGAAACACGAGAACCAGAUGAGAGACCUGCAACUGCAGUGUGACGCCAACGUGCGGGAGCUGCAGCAGCUGCAGAAUGAGAAAUGCCAUCUGCUGAUUGAACACGAGACACAGAAGUUGAAAGAACUUGAUGAAGAAAACAACCAAGAAAUCAAAGAGUGGAGAGAAAAGCUGAGGCCCCGGAAAAAGGCGCUCGAGGAGGAGUUCCAGAGGAAGCUGCAGGAGCAGGAAGUCUUCUUCAAAAUGAGCGGAGAGUCGGAAUGCCUUAAUCCCAGUGCUCAGAGUCGAGUGUCCAAGUUCUACCCCAUUCCAAACAUGCACAACUCGGGAAUCUAA